GCUGGGGGAGGGAGCGAGGCUCUCAAACAAGCUACCCUGCUCGCGUGUUUAUUUACUAGCGGAACGCUUGAUUAAUCCAACACGUUCAAUAUCGACGGCAGGUGCUUAACGUGGGACUUCAAAUGCCCGACGCGAGCAGAGCGGCCGGGGCUGUUACUCGCUGAGCGCGGUUUGUCACCGAGCGACUUGUCUCGGGUCCGUCCGCUCGAGCGCGCGCGGCGUCGGUGAAGCGGGCGAACUAAAGUUGUUUACGGGCUUACUUUGGAUGCCAGAUCGCUCGGAGUAUGGCUCAGCAUGGACACCAUGUCGCGAGUUCGCAAAAAGCGUUAAUGCUGGAGCUGAAAAGUCUCCAGGACGAGCCGGUUGAGGGAUUUAAAAUAACUUUAGUCGACGAGUCGGACUUGUACAACUGGGAAGUCGCGAUUUUCGGACCCCCGAACACGCACUACGAGGGGGGCUAUUUUAAGGCACGUAUCAAAUUCCUCGACUACCCGUACUCUCCUCCCGCCUUCAGAUUCCUCACCAAGAUGUGGCAUCCCAACAUCUAUGAGAACGGCAGCGACGUAUGUAUUUCCAUCCUGCACCCGCCAGUGGAUGAUCCUCAGAGCGGAGAACUGCCGUCGGAGAGGUGGAACCCAACACAGAACGUCAGGACGAUCUUAUUGAGCGUUAUCUCGCUGCUGAAUGAGCCUAACACCUUCUCGCCCGCCAACGUGGACGCCUCCGUCAUGUACCGCAAGUGGAGGGACAGCAAGGGGAAAGACCGCGAGUAUGCAGAGAUCAUCAGGAAGCAGGUUCUAGCCACCAAGGCGGACGCAGAGCGGGACGUGAAGGUGCCCACCACUCUGGCCGAGUAUCAUGCCCGCACCACGCCCACCCGCCACGACGAGGGCUCCACCUUAUUCUACGACGACUACUACGACGACGAGGAGUUAGACGACGACGAAGAGGAAGACGAGGACUGUUGCUACGACGAAGACGACUCCGGGACGGAGGACUCCUGACGAGAAGCACCUGAGCUUUUUCGAACUCUCCGGUUUUCCGUUUGAUUUCAUAGCUUUUAAAUCAAGUCCUUUUUUUUUUUUUUUUUUUUUUUUUUUCAGUUUGAAGAUCCGAGAUCCCAGACACCAUGAAGGGCAGGUGGUGAUUUGCGUAGAGGUUAAUAAUUAACCGUACGUCUGUUCGAGCGGCAGCCAAAAGUCGCAAUCAACUGCAAACGCGAGACGCUUUGAGAAUUUGUUUUUGUUUUAUUUCUUGUCGUUUUGUCUGGUUUUUGUUUUUUUUCUGGGAGGGGGGUGCGAAACAGUCCAGCUCGUAUUUGAUUCUCGAUAAACCGUUUGCCUUUCGAAGGCACCUGAUCUCAGGUUUCAGUGUCUGUGAUUCAACAGUAUUGGCAUCUUUGGUGGGGGGGGAAGUAGCUAAUACACGUUCUCAGGGCUACUUCUGUUUCUCACGCCACAAAUGCAUCUUAAUCUGCUUCCGUAGCCAAGGACUGAACGAGCUUCUCAGACAAAAGGCAAGGGGUUUAAUAAACGGAUGCAUCACAUGCAGCUCAUAAGCUUCGUCCUCUUUUGGGACUUUAAUGUUUCGUGUCGUCCACCGACAAGCCUGACUUAUGUUUUCAGUUUUAUGGGGUUGCGUUUGAAUCUUCACUAUAUUUAGCUACUUUUUGACAUUGGCUGGUAUUUUAGUUUUUUUGUUUAUAUAUCGUUUUUUCAUUUUAAAGCUUUGUGGUGACUCUAACCUAAAAUCCUCCUCAGGAAAAUGGACACGAGACCUUUGUUUGUGGCCGACCUCUUGACCUGAACGGACUCUGUAAACCCUUUCAGCAAAUUCAUAUGCACACAGGGUAUUUUGGGCCACUUUCCCCUUGUAAUUUUUUUUUCUCCUCCUUUUUAGUAUGCUUUGUAAAUCUAUUUAAAGCCUGAAUAAAAAUCUUUAUUAGAA